GCGAGUUCUGAGCAGGGCGGGACUCAGGUGGGCGGGAUGCGAAGAGCUAUGGGGAAGGAUUCGAAUUCCGGAGGAUUUAAAUCGCGGGAGGAGAAGCCACCGCGGCCUAAAGAAGACUUCUGUUGAACACAGACUGCAGUUCCAGCCACCACAGCUAAUCUGGAUCAUGAAUGGGAGCCACCGUGGUCUUGGCAAGUCCGGAAACAUAGCUGAGUAGCUCAUCUAGAAAAGAGAUUUGUGUUCAGCUGAGUUAAAAGAAGUAUUUAGCUGUACCUCAAACCUCUCCUCUUGCACAACCAACCCCCAUUAUAAAAGGAAGUGCAAAAUGGAAUAAACUGAUUUUAAGUGAAUACAAGCUGUCUUUAUAUACAAAAGUAACUCAAGGAUGGUGAUGUACCCAGUCAUGCUUUCAACUGAUUUGGGAAGCCUGCACCAUUCACCUUAGGUUACAUAUGAGGAUAACUUAAAACAUUAAGCUAUGCAUAAAAACUCCAAGAGAAACAAUAAUUCAGGAGUUUCUCACACAGAAGCGAACUCUGUGGAUGCUGAGAAGGAAAAAAAUGAGAGUCAAAACAACUUUUUUGAACUGCUGCCUGCAGAAAUCACUUUUAAAAUUUUCAGUCAACUGGACAUUCGGAGUCUGUGCAGGGCUUCAUUGACAUGCAGGAGCUGGAAUGACACAAUAAGAAACAGUGACUCUUUAUGGAAACCUCACUGCAUGACUGUAAGAGCUGUGUGCCGAAGAGAAAUAGAUGAUGAUCUAGAAAGUGGUUAUUCCUGGAGGGUGAUACUGCUGAGGAAUUACCAGAAGAGUAAAGUGAAACACGAAUGGCUAAGUGGCAGAUACAGCAACAUUUGUUCUCCCAUUAGCCUACCAGAAAAAAUCAUGUACCCAAUGGAUGCAGAUACAUGGGGGGAAAUUCUAGAAGCAGAACUGGAAAGAUAAGGGGAAAAAAAAAUCACAAAUCUCAGGUCUUUGAAAGUUUAAAACUUAAAUGACUCUUAGGUUGCAAAAGCGAUAUCUUUAUUCGUUCAUUUUGUUGUUCAC